UUAACAGGACGUGCUAGUUUACAGGUUUCAGCGUGUUGUUCACGAACAACGUGGCCCAUUUGAGUCUGGUUUAGUAGUUAUAUCGGUGGCACAAUGACCGAGAAGCCAGACACCACGGUGGAAAAGAAAGUUGGGAAAUGUAUGCUUCACAACUGGGUGGAAGAGAGGGCCAUGGAGGAUGUUGACGCUCAGGAAACGAGGACACAAAUCCAAAAACACGGACACAAAGGGAUCUUCACAAUGGACCAGGAGUCUAAAAUGGAGAGUGUCACCACGCUGAGAGCAGAUUUCGUUCCUCCCAAAGGUCCCGGGGUGAGGCUGCGGGGCAUCAGAGGCGAGCUUCUGGAAAAACACAUCGCCCAGAUGAUAAGAGAGAAAGUUACUGCUGAAAGGAACCGGCCGAGUCCCAAAACUGACUUCUGCUCCACAACUCAGAAGGAUUUCUGUGCGCAGGGAUUUGUGCCUCUUACCCCUGAAACAACACAAGUUCAUGAUUACAAAGCUGACCAGGCCAUCACAUUUUGGAGUGAAAACUGCCAGCGGAUACAGGGUGCCACUGCCGUACAGACCGUGAAAGCACCUUUCAGGAAGUCGGCCCUGUUCAGCACUCCCAUCAGCGAGCGGCUGGAUGAAGUCGAGCUCCCGCCUGAUAACUGAGUCAGAGUGUCACACUACAUCACUUCAUCCCCACUCUAUAUUAAAUCAUAACCUACUGUAAAGGUUGUUGUUAUGCUAAGCAACGGGGACAUCUUUUGUUAUUAGAUGUCGUGCUCAAUCUGGAAUUAGGCGCAGGACUUUUAGUACCAGAGAACGAGAAAAUGUAUCAGCCCUGAAUAUCUGCUCUACAUAUGCAUAUAAAGACCAUUGAGUGCUUAUGUUAGCUCAACACAAACCAGGAACUACCUAAUAGUUAAUAGUACAGUUUAAAUACAUUUAGUAGAAAAUGUCAAGUCCCUCACUUGCCCCCUCGCUGCUUUCUGUUCACAUCAUUGUAUCUACACUUGGUUCAUAAAGGUGUCAGUCUGGGCUCUUGGUUAAUUCAGACAAACCAACAAUCAAUCAAUUUUGUAUCCUAAAUAUCUGCUCUACAUACACUGAUGGUUAUAAUAAAGGGAUUUCUAUUUAGUUUCAGUAUCUACAACGAAAAACACCAUGAAUGCACAGCAGACGCUCAUCUGAGGACUUAUGAGCAAAGUAGUCGUCAGUAUGCUGAGAUUUGGAAAGGACAGUCUGGGGUUUUGAGGGUUGGUUGAGGUACUUGACCAUAGUCAGUGGACACCUGCAGUGGACGACGUUCAGCACGCCACCAGUUUGGAGAAGCAGUCAGUAGUAAAACUUAUUUUAGGACCACCUAAAAAAAACGAUGUCAGUUUAAGUGUAUAUAUAUUUUGCUCUAUUUGAACCCCUUUACCUUGCAAUCUGAAAGCCUUUUUUUAACGGGGAUCUGAAGCUCUCUUCACAUCUACCUGACUCCAUUGACAGAAACAAUCAUUUACCCUCGCAGAACAAAGGAGACGCUGCAUCAGUCAGUUAAUUGGUGUUUCUGUUGUUUAAUAAGUCAGUGAGCAUACAAUUCAACACUGAUUUUUAGAUUUUCCAAUAUUUCAGGCGGCUAAAAUACUGUUCCUCCAAACUAUGGAUAAGUGCCUCAUUCAACCCCACUUCAAACAUUCAACUUUUCCUUUAAAGCUGCUAAACAUCUGUCUACCUGUGAACUAAAUUAUAUAACAGUUUUCUUUGCUGGGAAACAUUUGCCUGUGUGUUGGCGUCCUAAAUAUAAUUAUUUACUGAAUCUGUCAGCACUGACCCCAAGCAUUAACACUGACACAGUGCAGACUGCGGCCAAUAAACUACUAGAAAGAUGAACAGAGUUGCCUCAUCACUCCUAAUUCUGGACCCGAUAAUCCUGAUGUUUAAUUUACUGCUGCUCUACUUUUGGCCUGCCUGGGAUAUAUCAUGUAUUCUUUCCUCUCUGCUGUCACUUCUGGAAAUAUUUACCACAUCAUUACAGUGUCAACAUUAUAACCACACACGUAAACGCUGUCAGGAAGUGGAAACAGAUUCUAGAUUAAAGUGGGAUUAAUUUGCAUGGAAUGUUGCUGAGCAUUAUUAUAAUGUGCAUGAACGUAGGACCUGUCACCAUUAGUGCAUCAACCUCAGCAGCUGUUAACUGAAUUAGAAGAGCGUGCAAGUAUUACAAGAGUUGCAUUGCACACACUGCUUCUUACACAUUUGUUUUUAUACACACUAUCUUUCUCCGCAACCAUGAUAUGACCAGCAUAAAGGAGUCUAGGAACAUAGGGAUGGUAAUGCUUCUUGACUGUUGGUGUAAAUUGGAGUUGCAGUGAACGAUUAUGGUGAUCUAACGUUAAUGAUCUUACAGAAACUGGAAAGAUUCACAUCAAAAGUGGAGUCUGCGAUUCUAAAAAAGAAAAUGGUGAUAUUAAAAGUCAACACCCGUUCAGAUCCCCGCCUCCUGUCAGAGCUCCUCCCUCCCUCUACCUUUCUUAAUAUACCUCCAGGGCCUUUCCCCCCUUUCCCGAUGAUAUAAUGAGUGGCUCAUCCUGCUUCCACCUUCUCUUCCACUCUCUCUCUCUGUCACUCACAUUCACUAUCUCUCUCAAACACAUACAGAGAGCCACACACACACACACACACGAAAACACACAAAGCGAGAGCCACAGCACUCUUUAUGGGUGUAUUACAAAGCCAGAUCAGAGGGUUAGCGAGGUAUGCUGAGCCUAAAGAGUUUUCCAUAUAUUGGCGGUGGCUCUCUUUUAACCUGGCUACCAUGGCAACUUAUGCUGCCAACAAAACCCGGUCCGGAUCACGUUAUGUUUGAAAUCCACUCAUUCUGCAUGCAUUGCAUUUGUGAUGCAGUAAAUCUGAGGUAGCCUAUAUAGUAUUCAGUAGAAUUCUUCUCCUUUUUUUUUUUCCUGAGUGACUUGGUGUGUUUUCCCCCCUCCCCCCUUCUGUCCUCUCUCCUCCUCACUACUCACCAGGCCAUUAUCAGCAUAAGCACACCUGCACGUCAAUCAAGGCAGCUCCUUCUCUACUUAACUCCGCUCCAGCAGCCAUCGAUUGUCUAAAUUCAGUCAGGCAUAAAGGCAUUUAACCUUUUUAUUCAAAUGCUUGUACAGUUAUAUUUGGCAGAGGGAAGUUCUGCUAUACACGACUGAGCCUUUCUUUCAGCCCGGCUAAGAAUAAAGCACGUUCAGCUCAUGGAUUUCACAUGGAGUGUAUUGUCAGUGAAAUAACAAGGAAUAAUAAAGGCAACAUUUCAGUCCAAUUUAAGAUAAGAGGUAUUUUAUUGAUCCCAAACUGGGACAUUUUAGCUACUUUACAUAGGUAAAAGGUGACUGCCUUAGCAUGUAAGCAAUAUACGGACUAUGUAAAAGCACCUCAUGUAACCUUGCUUCGAAAAAUCCUAAAUAUUU